GAUCUCUCUCAUCUCAAUGUGUAAGUCGCAACUGCAAGCACACUGAUGGGCUGGACUCUGCAUGUACUCCUGCUGGGCCUGCUGCUGCCAGGGUUGCAGGCCUUUAAGCCUUUACUGGGAAACUCCAUCACCCACCGGGAGAUAACGGAGAUGGCCAUCCUGCGCAAAACCAUAGAGGUCUGCCGAGCAUUGGCCAUCGCUGAGGGGAGAGAUUUCCCCCUUCCUACCGGUGGAAGACUGUCUGCAUCUAUAGUGCAGAGAGCCUGCUCACCCAACAACGGCUCCCUGUGGUCUGCUGUCAAAUUCAAGGACUCCAUCAUCACAAUAUACUUGAGCAAUGCAGACGUGGAUGUCAUUUACCUUCUGAGUGAUCGGCACCACUUUCGAGGGGAGGAAUUCACAGGCAGCCGGGCCCUCAUCACAGAUGGCAUGGCCAGCAUAAAGGCCACUGUCCAGCAGGGGAACUUUAUCUCAGCAAGAUUUACUCUGGGGAAGAUCUGCCACACCCUGCAGGAUUUCUAUAGUAACAGUAACUGGAUUGAACUGGAAAACGAGCAUCCAAACACCAACCUGAUCCGACCAGAUGGAGGCAUCGGAUACAUAGCAGGCGAGAUCAACAAGGAUAACGAUGGAGCAGAUCAUGGACACCUGCAUCGCGCUGCCGCUGCGAUGGCUGUGGAAGCCACCAUGGAGCUGUUGGAGGACAUCCGGGGUGCUGCCGGGGAGAGCAACUUCCUCCAGCUUAUGGGUAUUAUUACUCAUUCCUCUGUGCUAUGUUUUGUGAUUGACACCACGGGCAGCAUGUCUGAUGACAUUGAGGCGGCAAAGAGGGUGUCAUUUUCAAUCAUUGACAAUAAGAAAGGCACUCAGGAUGAGCCAUCCUCCUACAUCCUGGUGCCCUUCAAUGACCCAGGAGUUGGACCUCUGACUCGGACAAGAAACUCCGACAUCUUUAAGCAGAGGAUUAAUGCUCUAAGUGCAACUGGUGGGGGUGACGAGCCAGAGAUGAGUCUAUCAGGACUGCUGCUGGCUCUCACCAGUGCCCCUGCAUUCUCUGAGAUUUUUGUGUUCACCGAUGCCUCGGCCAAAGAUGUUCACCUGAAGAGCACAGUCAUCGCUCUGAUUGAGAGCACCAAGUCAGUUGUGACCUUCUUGUUGACGAAUCCUCUCUUAGCUCGGCGUCGAAGGGACACUAAUGGCUUCAGAAAGAGUCGUCUGUACCAGGAAUUGGCCGAGGCCUCUGGGGGACAGGCCAUAGUGGUCACCAAGGACAUGCUGCCCCAAGCCACUGACAUCAUUGUGGACUCCUCUACCACAGGCCUGGUGACAGUUCUCCAGGUGGUGAGGAAUCCAGGAGGAACAGAUUAUUUCAGCUUUACAGUAGAUGCAUCCAUGAGGAACAUUACCACAUACCUCACAGGCAGCUCUCUCACCUUCAGUUUCACCAGCCCCUCAGGUGUGUCUCAGAGCAGUUCUGCUUCAGAUGGGCCCCUGGGUACAGUAAAGGUAGUAGGGAACCUGCACACGAUUCGCUUGGACACCCAAACCGGAUUAUGGGAAAUCAGAGUCACCUCAACACAACCAUACACUCUGAAGGUCACAGGGCGAAGUAGCAUAGAUUUUGUCUACAACAUUGUAGAGGACCUUGAGGGGUCGGGAAAUGAUUUCACCUUGAAAGAGGGUCGUCUCCAAGCAGGUGGGAAUGGCACCUUGUUGCUGUCUGUGGUGGGUGGGGAUUCCCUCACAGUGACAGAGGUGUCCCUGGUGGAUGUAUCUGGUUUGAGGGUGGAAAACAGCACCUUGAAGCCAUUGGGAGAAGGGGAUUAUGUGGUGUUUGUGGAGAAGGUCCCGGAUGAAAGUUUUGUUAUUCUGUUGAAGGGGGUGGAUGGGAUGCACCAGUCCCCCCAAAACAGCUUCCAGAGGCAGUCCAACACCCAACUGAAGGCUUCCAGCCUGACUCUGACAGCCUUGACUAAUGGCACCAUGGAGCCUGGGGUGCAAUUCACUGUUCCUUUCACUGUGCGGUCUAAUGGGAUGGCAGGACAUUACACCAUCCGCACCCGAGACGACAGGGGAUUCAUCACCUCUGCACCAUCCAGCCUGCUUUUGGAUAGUGGGAGAAGUGCUCAGGGGUCAGUACAGCUCAAGGCUCCUGGCAGUACACCCUCAGGCACAGACGUCACACUCACCAUUGAGGCUGAGUCCCCCAGUGGCGGCGACUCCAACUAUGCGGUGCUCCGCAUCACUGUCCUCAACCAGGUGACAGACUUCAGCCGACCUGUGUGCCAGGUAGUGAGUGUGAGCAGCAACUGCUCCAUGAACUGCAGUGAAUCGUGGUGGGAGCUUUCCGCCAGCCUGACGGACGGGAAUGGGACAGGCAUCCGAAGAGUGUCAUUCCGCUUGGGGGAUGGCACCCUUGACACCACCACCUCCCUGGGGGAGGGGGGCGUCAACAUCACCAUUGCAACAUACAAUGCCUCCUGCUGCUCGCCCUAUGUAGAGUUAGUGGCGGUGGAUGCCGUGGGUAAUGUGGGCACAUGCUUCCAUUCCAUACCAAGCCCUGCCCCCAGCCCCACCAGCAGUGCUACUGCCCUCAGGGUGCUACUCCUCCUCAUUUCCACUGUCCUCCUGGCUGGCCUUCAGGCCUGAACCACACACUCAGCAGCUCUAACAAUGAGGCUAGUAACCUGUGGGCACUCCUUAGAUGGCAAGUUGUACAUGUUGCAGCCACAAAUGAUCUUCAUAUCUUCUUUGCUUGGAAAUUAUUUUUCAUAAAUUGCCCUUCAAUUUGUCCUUCUUUAAGAAUACAUUAUGCUGGAAAACAAAAACAAUUAGUUGGUCAGCCAUAUUGAAUGUUGUAGCUUGUGGCAUUGCUGUGAUUUUUGUCAAGAGGGCAUUAUGAUUAGGCAGAUGAAUAGUACCACAAAUUAAAACUUUCAUCUUUCUUGUGCAAGAUUUUAUGAACAAGAUAUGAGAUUUUAUUUGUUUAUCAAUAUGCGACUUAAUUGUGCAAAUAAAUCACAGCCAGGGUGUAAAGGCCACACUCCACUAGACCGCAUUCAGACUGCAAUCCCCUAGACCACACUCCCCAACACUGUACUCCAUCUGACUGGAUUCCACUCAGCCGUACUCCCCCAUGUCAAUAAUCUGUUACAUCUGUAAACAUCUGAGAAUUACUGCUUGCAUUCAACUUCACUAGCCACUUUCACUGCCAAAUGCUUAAUGCAUGCUUAUUUGUACAUGGUGAAACCAAAUUGUACAUUAUAUCAAUAUACUUUAAUAAAAUAAUCUUUUUAAUGUCCCUGACAAAGUAUUCUUUGUCUUCAAGAGGCAACUUAAAAUCAGUCAUUCAGACCCUGAUUCAAUAAAACUGUAAU